CGGUUUUAUAGUCUGGACCGCCUCCUCCACCGCAAAGGAUGCUGGGAACCGCUCUAUGACCUAAUCGCCCCGCCCCCUGCGCAGAGGCCGCAACGCCCGCCUGCGUUCCGGAAUCCGCCAUGUUCUCACCCCUCCCCCUCCGAGUCCAUCCAUUGGGGCCAUACGUUUUUCUCCCCUUUCAUAUUUGGACCCGUCCGCCACUGAAAUGCCCCAUCCUGUAUUUCCUUAAAACUUCGCCUUUUUCUCCUCUUUACACACCUUAAGCAAUCCACCUCAACCUUUUCCAGGUCCAACCCAGAAAAUCAAGCGUCCACUACAGGACAACCUACUCUCCCCACCUGGAAAUGUUUACGUCUCCAAACAGCCCUCACGCCCAUAACCAAACAAGGGAAGGCGGGGCUUGAUCUUAUCACGUGACUGGCUUCCCCGCCCACCGGGUGAAUCGCCGCACUACUUCCCAGUCAGCGGAGGAAUACACAAUCAAAUAGCUCACCGGAAGUGUCGUUGUGCUUCCCCCGGUGACCGGUCAAGGCGGGUGGGUGACCUAACCUGUCAAACUCACCGACCUAAGAACCUCUUGGCAGGCUCUUGCCCGCAGAGAAUGUUAUCUAGAUCCCGCAAACCGCCGCCGAGGCACGUGCGGUGAAAGCGAGUGCUCCUCCAAUGACCAAUCAGCAGCGAGAAGCCGUUUUAACGUCCCUCCCUCUUUUACACCUCUUUAUCCACACUUCCCUCUCGUUUUUGUGUGUCUGUGCUGUGCGGCCCUUCCAGGACACCGUCUCCCACGCGCCCGGCUGGGAGCCCGGCGACGACCUGCUUCCGCGACAUGGCCGGCUCAGAGCCUGAGUGGGUAACCAUUGCCAAUAACCUUCUUUUGAAAUGUCACAUACACCUGCGGAUACAUGCACUUGAAGACUGUGAUUCUAAUGUUUUUAUUGCUCUUUAUCAAUCAAUUUUGGGAGAAAGGGUACCAGACCUCAUAGUUAUUCCCAGGAGUCAGGAGGAUGAUGCACACAAUGUACAAGCAGUAAUUGAUUCCCUGGCCCUGGAUUACCUGCAGGUCAGCUUGUCUCACAUAACAGGAGAAAAUAUAGUGAAAGGAGAUAAAGAGUCUAUUAAGAACCUCCUAGAGAUAUUCGAUGGGUUGCUGGAGUACCUUACAGAACACGUCAGUGAAACAUCUCAUGAGAAAAGUGAAACCGAACAGCAUUUUAAAGAAUCACAUGAAAGAGUACCUUUGGAAGAGCCAGAAAGUACUAAGGAAUCAUGGAAAAGAGUUUCCUUUGGGAGGUGCUCUCUGUCGUCGGAGGCGUUGGGCCCCUCGUGGGAUGAAGAUGAAGCAGAGUCCACUGGUGAAUUAAUCAGACUCGGGGAUACAGCACACACCUUUUCUCUAAGAAGUAAUGGUGCCCAGGAUUCUAACGAAAUGCAAUCUAAAAAAGCCACAACCUCACCAAGUUCUAAAUCCCGUGAAGAAGUGUUGAACCCUUCUAGUAUUUUGUCCGGCAGCAGGACAGCCUUUGUUGAAGACAUGGAAAUUCCUUCCGUGAGUAUGACUUCAAGUGCCAGGAAGCUAGGGGAGCCUAUUCGGUCAGCCAUUCCUUUACAUCCACCCUACCACCCAUCAGAGUCUCGAGCACCCUGCCCCAUAGGAAAGGAAUACUUGCGUGCCACUCACUGCUCCUCUGCCAUGAAUUCUACUGGAGAGCCCACGACAUUUUCUGCGGAACCAGAUGAUAGCAUUUUCUCAACUUCCAAGUUGCCUAAAAAUAGCAAACAGGAAGUAUGCUCAGCUCAGGUCCAAGACCCCAGAACAGGGAGGCUUCCCAAAGGAAAAAGAUAUGAAAACAGAUCUACAGUUUCAUCCUGGGACUCACCUUUUCCCCGGAGGCUGAGAAGGACGUUAACGGAACAAGAGCUGCACGCCGUGUCGGAGAAACUCUCUCAGCGGCUCUCUGAACUAGACUGGAUGUUAAAAAGUGCCCUGGGUGAUCGAAUUAAAGAAAAGACUGAACAGGAACAAGGGGAUGCAGGUGCUGGGAAUGAAGAGGUGGAGAAUGAAGAGGUGGAGAGUGGAAAUGCUGAGACACUGUCUCAGUACAGUGACAGCAUCAUGGAGUAUGGGCCAAAGAAGCUAAGGCCAGGACUUGCCAUGCCUAGAAAGCCACCCUACAGGUCCCACUCACUCUCUCCUUCUCCAGUGAACAAACACAAACCACGCCAUAUGGAGAGAACAAAGCAACGAAAAUUAAAAGAAACAGAUAUGCGCCGAUUCCGAGCAAAGGCAAUAAGUGAAGCAUUUGAAAGGGAACUAAGAAGAAAUAAAGUUCAAGAGAAUACUGGACCGCUAAGGAUAAAUGACAAGCAGGAGGAAACAGUGGCUUCUAAGGAAAAAAUACACAGAGAAACCGUUCAUAAAGGAACGUCAAAACCUUGUCAGCCUUGGAAGAUUUACUCCAGAAAAACCACAGCUCCAAGUCCAAGAGGUGGCUUCCCAAAACCAAAUAAAGAAAUUCCAAUGAAAGUAAACGAACAGAGCCUCCUGCCCCUGAUGCUGGAGCAGUUUCCAUUUCUCUAUAUUUCUGGGCAAACACUAAGCAAAAUGUGGAAACAGCAAAUUGCACAGGUUGAACAGAUUAAAAAAGAUGCAUAUGGAGAAAAUCGAUCAAAGAAGAAACUCCAGGAUGAUAUAGAAGAAGCCUUAAGAAGGCAUGAUCUCCUUACCGCACUCGUCAAGAAAGAAUGUGAACAUAACAAGAGACUGCAAGACUUCAAGGAUCGCAUCAACAGACAGAGGCUGACUCAAUCAAAGAUAAAAGAAAAUCGGCAGCAGAUUGUUCGUGCCCGCAAAUACUAUGACGAUUAUAGAGUUCAGUUACGUGCAAAAAUGAUGAGAAUGCGGACCCGGGAAGAAAUGCUAUUUAAGAAACUAUUUGAAGAAGGUUUAGAAAUUCAGAAGCAAAGAUUACGGGACCUGAGAAACUAUGCUAAAGAAAAGCGAGAUGAACAGAAGAGACAGCACCAGAAUGAACUGGAUUCAAUGGAGAACUACUAUAAAGACCAGUUUUCUUUGCUGGCAGAUGCCAUAUCACAAGAACGUCAAGAGCUCAAAACCAGAGAGAAAUCCCAGGCCCAGACAUUACGUAAGAUGAAGAGGGAGCUGAGAUCUAAGAUGGAGAAGGAAAUUCAGCAGCUGCAGAACAUGAUAACACAGAACGACGAGGAUACUUUCUUCCGGGAACUGGAAGCUGAGCGCUUCAAAUCUUGGCUUCAGCUGGCUUCCUUUCAGUACAGUAAAAACCCCUUACUGUGAAGCCGGACUUCACAAAAUGAAGUUUCUGGAGGCCCUUACCAGAGCAGAGCUAGAAUUGAGCCAGUAAACAGUCUAAACCAGAAAAAUCAUUUUGAAAUGCCUUAUCUAUGUAUUCAUUCCAGUACUUUUUAUGAAAUGAUUUUUUAAAUAAAAGCUGUUUUCUUAAAGUUACUGCUUUUGAAUUUGUAACCUAAAACCUUAAAGGGGGGAACAGAGGUACACAUUUUUCAUUAGUCAGAUCCAAGUUAAAGCAGUUAACAAGCCUGUGUUGAGUAGCCAGCUCCUGAGGCCUUUUACUACUUGUAGGUCAACAAAAAUGGGGGAAAAAACAGCACUUACGGACAAAUAAACACCUCUAAUUCAUUAGCUCCCUGAUUCAAACAUGCUGAAACAUGUUUUAUCUGGUAUUUCAAGCAUUUCAAACCAUCAUCCAACUCAUUUGAGAGAGGUGAUUUACUUUCUUGUUCUAAAAACAUCAAACUUGAACUGCCUUUAAAACUUUUUUGCCAUUCUGAUCUUGAGUUAUUUAUAUCUUUUUCUUGGUUCUCCACCCUUUUACCAUGCCAGCAUCACAAUCUUUGGAAGAAGUGAGCGGUCUGAAAAGUUGAUUCUAAGACAUCACAAGUACGUAAGUGGGCAGGAGAAAAGUAAAUGAUUCCUCACCCACCCUGUGAGCUGCGACAGGCACCUCCCCACUUCCUUCACUUAUAAAACUAUAAGGGAGACCAAAGUGGGGUUUUACAACUCAUGUUAGAGACUAAUUGAUGCCCUAGAUAAACCCCAGCCCAAGUAGCCAUAAAUGCAUGCUAAUUGGCAACAGCUGAGCAUGUCACCUUGGCAAUGCAGCCUCCUCUCCCGAAAGUAACAGAUGGUAAUGAGGCUGGCAACUGUGUAAUGAGCGCACACGCACACACACACAAGGAGCCUCCUACGCUGAGGCAGGUCUGGGCUUGGGGGCCUUGCUUACGUAGGAGGCUUGAUCUUGUGCCCUCAUCAUGACUGACUACUUUGCUGUACAUGAAUUAAGUUCUCAGUACCUAAGUCUGAACUUCAGCCUUUACUGAGAUAGAUAGAGGUUAAAAGCCCUAAUUUGGAAGUUCAGUUUUCCAACAACCAUCCAAAGCUCUCUCCCCAUGAGCUUGUAUACAGCCUGGCGUGUAGUGGAAGCACAGUAAGUAUUUGUUGAAUGGACAGAGAGAAAGUCUAUUUACAGCAAAUACCCUUUAACCAACUUUAAUAGCAUAUGAUGUAUAAAUGAAACCUGGGUUGUCUAGUUUGCUGUAAGUGUUAACAUAGGAAUGUAACCCUUUUUCUGGCAUAAUUACCCCUUUAUCCUGCUACUAAAAAAGGCCUGGUGGUGCAGUGGUUAAGCACUCCACUGCAAACUGAGAAGUUGGUGGUUCAAACCCACCAGCUGCUCUGCAGAAGGAUGUGGCAGUUGGCUUCCGUAAAGAUUACAGCCUAGGAAACCCUAUGGCGCAGUUCUAGUCUGUCCUAUAGGGUCCCUGUGAGUCGGAAUCGACUCGACAGCAGUGGGUUUGGGUUUUAUCCUGUUACUAGGCUCUUGGCCUGUUAUAUAUAUCCUAUUGUAAGCACAUGGGGUGUAAAGUACAAAUAAAUGCAGUCAGUAAGAUGGCUAAUGUUCACUAUAAUGAAGGGACAAGCUUUUCAGGUCACCACACAGCAGAACUUGAACCAGAGUAGUCAGAACUUUUGGGUAAUUUAUAAGCUAUUAUAAUACCAAAAUCUGUAAUGUUCUAUAACUUUACAAAUUUUAGAUAAUAACCAGGAAACACAACCAUGUGGGACAAAGCAAAAAAAAAAAAAUUUUUUUUUCAAAAGGAUAUAAAAAUGGACACCAAGCCCACUCCUUUAACUUUUAAUACACCACUAUUAUUAAAAACGCAAAAACCCAGUGCCAUCCGCUACUACUUAAACACUGCAUUUUCCCAGACAUGAUUCCAUUCCAUUGUGUACCUAUAUUCUGGAUAAAAGGAUAUACAGUAUUUACUCUUUCUACUCACGUAGUUAGCAGGACUCUUACCUGUUAUGAGGUGUGAAUCAUAAACCUUAAAAACCAUGAUUUUACUGCUGAACGCCAACACAGAGAAGGCAAAUAUAAGGCCCCUGUAGUACCUUAGCUCGAGAAACCCUGGUGGCAUAGUGGUCAAGAGCUACAGCUGCUAACCAAAGGGUCGGUACCUGGAAUCCACUAGGCGCUCCUUAGAAACUCUAUGCGGCAGUUCUGCUGUCCUGUAGGGUCACUACGCAUUGGAAUCAACUUGACGGCAAUGGGUUUGGUUUUUUUUUUUUUUUUUUUGGUUUGGUACCUUAGCUCAGAAACCCUGGUGGCGUAGUGGUUAAGUGCUAUGGCUGCUAACCAAAGGGUUAGCAGUUCGAAUCCACCAGGCGCUCCUUGGAAACUAUGAGGCAGUUCUACUCUGUCCUAUAGGGUCACUAUGAGUUAGAAUUGACUCGGCCGCAAUGGGUUUGGUACCUUAUCUCCAGAUCCCUGACAAAUGUCGUUGUAGGGCCGAACUCUCUGACCCACUCAGCCUGGACUGGCCUCAGAAAACCAUCUCCACGCAGCCUCCAUACAGCCAUUGCCAACUGAUCAAGCUUCCAUCGUAGGCAAAAACAAGCACCUUCCCUGCUCUACAUAGGGACAGUGGUCCUGAGCCCCCGAACCUCUGCAGUGAGACACAGGCAUCAACUAGGGUAGGCCUGCAUUCUUGUUCCUCAGCUUCUUACCUUCCAGAUCAUAUGCUGUCACCUUUCACAGAGCCAAUCAUAAAUCUUUUUGAAACACUGCAUUACAAACUCAGUAUUCUUUAAAGACUUGGAUGCUGUGACAGUGCAAACAGCAUUCAUUUUAUUGCUCAACUUCAGCAUGGGCAAAUACAUAGUUAAUUUUCUAAAACCAUUUAUACAGAUGUUAUUGAUAAAGCUCAUGUAACAGCUGAGUGAAAAUACAAAGAAUAUCAAAGCUGAAACACUCUGUAAUAAAUACAAAUACAAUGAAAAUGAUAAAACUUUGUUUUUAAAGUCAGUUUGAAAGAAGAAAGAAUAUUACAUUAAGUGAACUAAUUACAUCUAGAAACAAAACAACUCAGCAUUUGGUACAAUCAUCAUCCUAACAGAAGAAUGUUAAAUACCACAAAUGGCGCCCGUUGACUAUAGGCUGCAGCUUGAAAAUGGAAGAAAGAAGGAGCUGCUCUACCAAACUGUAAAGAUGGCUGGGGCAGUCUACCUUCCAGCAAUGCAAUCAGUUCAAUGCACCAGAAGUUCAAAUCAGAUAUAGUGUUGUAAAAGAAAACAAAUUACACUGUUUUUAAAAGAAGGGAAACUUGUGCUCUGGACUGUAAAUACAAGAAAAAAGAUAAGACUUGGUAAAAAUAAAACUCAUUCAGAGCAACAAAAUAUGUGCAAAACAAAAUGUACACUAUACACAGCACUAUUUAAAAACUCUUUACAUCAAGAAAUAAGACCCUCUGAAACAAAACUCACCUCUGUACUCACAUGAGCUCUACAAAGUAAUCAUUGUUCACAAUUAAGCAUUCACGAUGGGAAGGCAAUAGCAUGGGAAUGUGACACCACAUGGCUGAGAUAACACCACUGGAGGAUGGAUAAGAAAAAACUCAGUAAAGAGGGACAUGUGGAAAUAAAUAUUCACAUUAAACAAGAGGUGCAAGUCCAAGGUUCAAUGACACAUUUGGGGUUUUUUGUUUGCUUAGCACCUAUUUGGAAGUAAUCGGGUAAUGUAAUUUUGAAAUUUAAAUUUAAAUCAUGUGGAUGAUACCAUAGACUGGUACUGAGGGUAAUUUAUUUCUUUUAAAGCUCUAUUUAUGAAGUCAUUAUUAUAAAGUUAAAAAGGCACUCAAAAAGCAAUAUUUGCCUGCUCUGUAUUAUACAUUAUAACGAUUGAUAAUAGCAUUUCAUAAUUACUGCAUCCCUGUCAGUCAUGACUUCUAUAAAAUGUUUACCAUGUACUUACUUUUUGCCAAAGAAUUAAGAGUAGGCACAAUUACAAACUGCACUAGUGCUUUAAUCUAAAAAAAGGUGGGCUGGCAGCCAAUAAGGUAAAACUACUGAUGGUGGUCAAGUAGUGUAGAAACCAUUUAUGUCCAUUUCAAGAUUGCAGCACUAAUUAGAAUGCAGAAGGUAAAGAACAAAAUGUUUGGGAAGAAGAAGGUAGGUGUAAGCACAUUACCCAGUGAUGACACUUAUGACAAAGACUAGCGUAACCUGUAGCAAAUUUGGCCAAAUGAAAUAACUUAGAAACUAUGUAAGUAGUUCCCAAUUUCCUUUUAAGCAGCAAAAUCUCCAACUCUCUUACAGACCGCAACCCCACCUUGUGAAGGCCUUCUUGGAAUCCCAAUAUACAAAAGAGAAAAAUGAGCUACUCUAGGUAAAACGACAGGGGGCUUACAAGCCCCUGUUCGAAUACCAGUGAGGCCUUUCCCCUCCCUCUCCCUUAUCUUAAACCAUUCGGGGGGCAUCUCUGAGGAACCCUCUGGUUCCAAGGAACAUAGAUAGAAAACCACUCCAUCACAUGAAAUAGAACACAAAGGGCCUAUUCACUUCAUAAUUUUAAGUGCAAAAUUUAAACAAUUCCACCUCAUCAAAAGUUGCUAUUCUUGAUUAUUUCACAUCAAUGUAGAAAAAAAAAAAUAGUGCAGAUUUGUGAUAGCUCAAUUUAAAAAUGCACUCCUGGUCUUAGGUUUUUCUAAUCCCUCACCUGGGAAUCUUGGUCGCCUUCUGGAUCAUGCCACAUGCCACAUGCUCCGGAAGCUCAAUCUGGACAUUUCCAAAUCCCUUGCUGAUCUUCAACACCAAAAGAACUGAGAUUCCUUUACUUAGAAAAUUAACUCUUCAGUUGUAAAGCAACUUAUUCCAUGGAGUUAAGAGUCGUCGUUCCUUUAGUAAUCACAUCCUCACGGCCUCUAGGACCUCCACUUCACUUUGUUAGGUAAAAGCGAGGCUUUCUAUGUUUGCUAAAUAACCUUUAGUGAAUUUUUCCUUUUUCAUCAUUUCAGUCGUUUAAAAUGUCAUCAGCAGCUAAACAAAGACUCAGGAUGUUUUACUUGACAGAAACUUACACUGUAAUUAAAAUAUAAAUUAGGUGCACUUGUUGUAGGAGACUUUGGUUUAUAAAAAUAGUAUAUUAUCAAAGAGAGGCUGACCCAGCAAAAGAAUGAAAAUACCAUCCCAUCCACAUGAUCUCAGGAGCUAUAAAAAAUGCAGUAUUUCCAUUUAAGAUGAAAAGUAAAUCCAAAAUACCUGAUCAUACUUGUUCCAGAUAAAAACAUCAGGUUUUUUUUUAAGUCUCUUAAACAGGGAGCCCCUGAACAUAUCUUACUGUAUCAAAUAAGCUACUAAGUUUAGACUAAAUGGUUGCAUCAGGAAUUUGACAACCAAAAUUAUAUAGCUGUAUUCCAGGAGAUUCACGCUUGAAAAAUAUAAAAAAGACCCACUUAGGCUAGGUUGAAACACAUAAUGCAAAAUAGAAUGCUUUCCUAUAGGAAAAUGUAAUUAAAUGUGUAACUGGCUUAAUUUUUUAAAAGAUGAUUAUUUUAACCAAUUUUUUACAAAGUUAGAAUAAUCCAAAAUAAUUUUAUUUUAUUUUAUUUUUUUUACAAAGAACAAGUACAGGAGCUGUUCAAAAUCAUGUAUCCAAUCAAAUUGAAAUGUGACUUGUACCGACUGCUGAAGUUGUCUUGAUGUUUCAGAGACUUGAAAUCUAUGAAGCGAUUUGAAUAGAUUACCUUUUAUAAAAAUAGUAGUAGUCUUUAAGUGUCGAAUACUGCCUAACUCUGGAAAUGUAGGAAAAGUCAGCAUUCUUUAGGUUCAAGAUAUUAAUUUUAAAUAGCAGCUGAAUGUGGCCUCAUGGCAAAGCAUAAAGACCUUUUUUUCCUUGAAAAGGAAUUUCAAAAUUGUCCUUUCCCCUCACAGUGUCCUCAAACUUAAAAAAGAAAGGUGGGGGGGGGGCGGGGUUUCCUGUAAUUCAGUAUUCCUUGAAAAUUCUCUGAAAGGAGGCUGUCGGUCAGGGGCAUAAAUAGAGUCCUGGGUUAAUCCUUGAUGAUGUCAUUCCACAGCAAAUCCACAUGUUUCUUCGAUGGCUGUUAGCAGCUUUUCAUAUAGCUUUUCAUAGCUUUCAUAGGGCGGAAUGUCAAUUCUGUUGAAGCUGUGAAUAAGCAAAUCAGAUUUUAUACAGUUCAUUCAAAAUAGGUACUAUCUAGGAAGUUUAUAUGAACACAGCCAUGUGGUUCUUACUGUGUUGCACAUUAAAAAAAAUUUCUCUAAAAUGGAGACCACCACUUUGGAGCUCUCCUACUAAAGUAUGAAUAAUUUUAUCUUUUAAAUCACUUGAAACAGUUACUUAUUAUUCCUUUUUUUUUUUUUAAAGGAACCCUGAUGGUACAGUGGUUCAAUCCUCGGCUGCUAACCAAAAGGUCGGCAGUUCAAACCCACCAGCCGCUCUGCAGGAGGAAGAUGUGGCAGUCUGCCUCCAUGAAGAUUAUAGCCUUGAAAAUCUUAUGGGGCAGUUCUACCCUGCCCUAUAGGGUCGCUAUGAGUGAAAAUCAACUUGACGGCAACAGGUUACCAUUCCUUUUAAAGGAACAUUUAGUAUUAAGGACAAUAAAUAAAAAGUCCCAUCUGUAUGAAACCAACACCUACGUGGAAUGGAAAAAGUGGCUACCAAAAUAACUUACCAAGUGUGAGCUUUCGGCAGGUUGUUGGUGCAGGCAUCAAUCUGGUGUAUCGUGAAGAGCCGUGGGCCUGCAGCACCUGCAAAAGCAGUCAAAGUGGGUCAAGUCACUGCGGGUGCAUGUUUCAGUCUCCAAAAUCUUAGACUAAAACUGAUACACAAACCCCAGGGUCUUGGGAUAGGAGAAUGCUGGUGAAUCCACACAAGCUACCACAGGGCAACAGGAAAGAAUCUGGGUUUUGAAAGCUGGAAGUGACCUUAGAUAAGGCUGCAUUCUUUAAUAUGCUACCAUUUUAAUUUGAGAAAAAAUUCAAUAUUGAAAUCCUUUUGCCAACUUCCAUUUUCUACAAAAAUUAAUGCCUCAGUGUAUGAGAAGAAAAGCAAGUGGGCCAAUCCAAGAAAAAACACAUAUACAGACAUUUUUUAUUUCAGGAAUCAUUAGGGAAUUGCAAAGAUGACAACUUAAUGCAAAGUUAUGUUCAUGACUCAAACUGGGCCGAGAGUAAAAGAUAAGCCGUCUAGUAAAUAAAUUUCAGUUAACAUAGACAGCUCAUAUAAAUACGUGUAGGAGAAAUACAGUUUCACUUUAGGCAUUCCACACAGUCUGAAGAGUUCUCCAAAAAGGAAAUGUAGGCACAACUCAAAGUAAGCUUUCCCCCUUGACUCAGCAUAUGACUGUAGACAGCACUGUUGGUUAUGUACCAGUCUUUGCUUUGUAGAUCCUUAAUCAUCACCAACAGCAUCAACUUUGGAAACAAAGGGCUUAAAAGGUAGAAGAAGCAAUAGUCACACAAUGACACACCACCAUUAUUAGCAACACUACCAACUCAUCCAAAAAUUAAACACCUUAUUAAAUGCUUAAAAAUGGAAUGUGGCUAUAAGCAAAUGGUCUGAUGCCAUGCAAUAAUUUAAAGUGCUUCUGACCAAACAGAUGGCUCCCACAACUCAUGCUGGCUCUUUCUAUUAAAAAAAAAAAAAAAAAGUGGCAGUGAGAGGCAUUGCAGGUAGGUAAAUGUUUUGCUAGGGUGACAUGGAACUUGGAAGUGGGUGGACCUUCCCUGUGGCAAUGUGCAGCAGUAUUUCAAAGCAAAGUGACCACAAAACAAAAGGCAGAGCAUUGCCACAUUCAACUCUAACAAACAGCACUCACUACAAGCAUAGAGAACCCCAGCAGAAAAGGCUUUGGGGAGGGAACAAAGGAAGGAGAGGAAGGUAUCAAGAUACCAGAGUUACAGAUAAAAUAUCAAGAGCAAAUGGUUUGUAAACGGUCUGUAAGAUAUCCAUGUAAAUAAAAUAUUGACAACCCAUCCUCCCAAUCAACUAUUUGAUGCCACAUUGUCUGUCCAUCCUGGCUUUUUACCUUGUAAAGCUUUAAAGCCCUGCAGAGGCACUCUAGACGAUCCUGUCACAAACUGAAGUAACCGUGCUCGUCGCUCUUCAUCAAAAAACUCCACAGCUUUCCAGAACCACUUUACAACAUUGCUGUCUGGUGUACAGUGUUUUAACCGGGUGUUUACCUUCCAGUCAUUAACAUCUAUCUUUCCAAGUCCACAAAUAAUGAGCUGUUAAAAUAUUGUGCAAAUAAUGCGUCAGUGGAAAACAAAAUUAUGCCCAAAAUGCCUUAAAACAACUUUGGAUUUGCAGCGCUGGCUCUCAUAUGGCAGUUCUUAAUCAAAGAUACCCUGUCAGCAUCAUUUAGAAAACUUUUCAAAAUAUACACCCAGGUCUAUGCUCAGAGAUUUUAAUUCUGUGAGUCUAGGCUGAUACUAAGAAUCUGUAUUUUUAAAAGCUCCACAGAUAACUACUUUCUGCAGGUUCCCUACCCAGUGUUUGAGAACCACCGUUGUGGUGGACAUGACAAGUUGACAAGCCAUAAUUUCAUAAUAAAAUCCUAAUGUUAAAAAAAUUAAAAAUGGACAGAAACUGAGAGUCAAAGAGUACAACAGUUUAUCUGGCAUUCCUUAUACUGGUUUGAACGCUUAUCAGCUUUAUGAUUUGGGCAGUUCAGCUCACCUCCCUUGGGCUAGCUUCCUCUGCUGUAAUAUGGCAGAGUAACAGCUAUUUCACUACAUCCUGUGAAAGGGAAGGCACUAAGGAAAUGGUGUUGACUAAGUAAGCUAAGACAAUCCACUCGAUAACCUUCAAAUUGUAUCAAAGUAUAAAAUACAUGUGUGUACCGACAGCUCUGCUUGGCAUCCUGCUGUAGGGUUAUUACAAAUUUUUUGAUACUAUUAACAGUUCAUCUCCUCAGGGUCCAAGACUAACUAAUCUUACUAACAUGUUAAUAUUCUAACAGUGAAUUAUGAUAGUGUACAAUGUAGAAUAUAACUUGCAAAUCCUAGAUUUUAUAAUUCUAUUAGUCCAGAAUAACAUUAAAUAUGACAUAUAUAUUUUCAUAGAGUUGAAUGAUUUCAUUAGCAGUUGGAACUACGUAAUAAACCCUAACCCUAUUGAAUAAAAUCUCCAACAAAGCAUUUACAGGGUUUUAAAGAGACUACUGAACUGAGGUCACAAUGAACACGAACGAAAUUAUCCAAAUAGGAUUAUGGAUAUAUUUAUAACACAAAAGGUACCUUCUAAAUUCUUUUCUUGAGAGGAGUGGCAGUUAUAGGGCCAAAUUCCUCAUUCAGUGUAUAAACAGAUGAAAAUGCAUUCUAUUUCAACUUUAUUGCCAUUCCUGUUAAGGUUUUCCUCCUCUUUCUGACCACUUCUUCCUCAUAGCCAUUUCACUACUGAAUAAUUCAAUCACAAAAGGAAUGGGGGAGAGUACUGAGUCAAGCCAAUUCUUUUGAUUUGUUUGUUAACAGACUUAGUUAAAAAGGAGACUGAAGUUAAUGGGCAAACUCAUGGUUUACAUUAUUUGUAGACUUCAAAUAUUUAUGCUAUCACUAAGGGAAUUUGGAACAUUUGGUAGAAUAAAAUUUCAUUAUUUUUUCAAAUGAGUUCAAUGGAAAUUUGUUAAAGGCCUUAAUCAUAAAACCAGACCUGAGUUCCGUUGAAGACCAACUUCAAAUGAAAAAAGUGAUUAACCCUUUAGUACCACCACUGUUAAUAAAUGUUAACAUAUGAAGAAUCUAAGGAUGUUUAGGCAGUUUAUCCUGAAUGUUUAAAUUAUCUCCUCUGUGAUCAUGUCUAUCAUGUCUACCAAAUGCUUUCUUGCAAAACUAAGUAUAAAAUCGACUGAACCUAGGACUUUAUCCAAACAAAUUCCAAUAUAAUGGAAACUAAUUAAUGAGGUUUUAUUUAACUAAAUAAAUGCGAAGAAUGUGCACAUAAGACAUGAAAUCUGUUUAGAACAAGAAAGGGCAAAAAAGGAAAAUAAAAUGAGUAACGAGAAAGGACAAUAAGGAAAAAUAAAAUAAAUAAUGGCCUUUCCUUGUUCACUAGAUGAUGCCCUAACAUUAAUGCACUGACCUCUAACUCCUUCUCAUCAAAUGUCUUCAGCAGAUGCUGUGGGAUUACUUCAUUGAAUCCUUUCUGCAGAGCCAGGAACUGAGCCUCAAUGCCUCGUAAAAAUCUCCAGUUCACAUAGAGCCUGUAAAAAUUGGGCAAGGGUUUUACAUGAUCACAUACAUUCAGAUUUGGAGCCCAGGUGGCAUAGUGGUUAAGAGCUGCAGCUGCUAACCAAAGGUCGGCAGUUCAAAUCCACCAGCUGCUCCUUGGAAACCCCAUGGGGCAGUAGUUCUACUCUGCCCUACAGGGUCGCUAUGAGUCGGAAUCGACUCGACGGCACUGGGUUUAGGAGUAUAAUCAGAUUUAGUGAUAUAUCAUGAACUUCUGCUUCAGCAAGACUGUACUUCGCAAGCGUCUGCUAUUAGGCGCCAGCAAGUCGGUUCCGACUCACAGCAACCUUAUGUACAACAGAAUGAAAUACUGCCUGGUCCUACACCAUCCUCACAAUAGUUAUAACUGAGGCCACUGUUGCAGCCACUGUGUCAGUCCAUCUCGCCGAGGGCCUUCCUCUUAUUCACUCACCCUCUACCUUACUAAGCAUGAUGUCCUUCUCCAAGGACUGGUCAAGCAUCUACCAUUACAAAUUAGUCUAAAGUCUAAAAGAAUCUCAGAUUAAUGGGGAUAAAUGGAUCCUGAGCUAUGAGGCGUUUCAAUAUAGAUAAAAAGUAGUAGCCUCUACUAACGAAGGCACCAUAUAAAUAAUUCAAAUCUUUAAAUGAGAUCAGAGAAACUUCUAGUAAACUUAAAGUUUACUAGCGCUUAGAUGGGUCUGUAUGCAAAUACAUUAUGUACAGACAGAGUCAUUAGGUCAAUAUAUGUUUCAUGCAUAAGGUAAUAAAGAAAAUAUUUUCAACAAGUUAAAAUCUUAAUGAAAUUUCUUUCUAAACUCAUACCAUACGACGUCAAAAACCAGAGUAAAAGCAGCUCAUGUAAUAGAGCACAGAAAUACUUCUGUAUUGCUACCUGUGGCAGCUACACUAUAGAUGGCUCUGAUGACCGUGCCUCCUGGUAUUCAUGCCUUUGUACAGCCCCUCCCAUGCUCAACAGGGCUGACGUAUGACUCACUUUAACCAAAAGAAUGUGACAGAAGUGCCGCUUGCCAGUUCCAGGUUUAGGCCUUAGGAAGAUCUAUUAGCUUUUGCUUUUGUGCUCUGUGAAGUCAGCUAUCCCAUGAGAAGUCUGGCUAUCUUCCUGGGGGAAGAGAGGCCAUGGGGAGAGGAAGAGGUCCCUGAUACCGCAUGAAGAGAACCACGGAACCCAGCCAAUAGUGAAAGUAAAGCCCUGGACAGUGAUCCCAGUAGAGCUGUUCCAGCCAGCCCCCAGCCAUUUGAGCCAUCCUAGCUGAGGCAUCAGAUAUGAGUGAAGAGGACAUCUUGACAUUUCAGUACCAGCAGACAUCAUCUGGAGUAAUGACAUGCCAUUCCUGUUGUUGUCUGUCCUACACUCUGACCCAGAGAAUUAUAAGAAAUCAUAAAAUGACUGUUGUUUUAAGUCACUAAGUUCUUCGGUAGCCUAUUUGAUAGCAAUAAGUAACACUACCUAAACACUUAACUGUUUUUAUCUUAUGGCCAUUCUAGACCAUUGAAUAAAUUCUCAGCUUUGAGAACACAGAAGUGUUUACCUGACAUAUUCCUUUUUAUUUUCUUCAGUUACAGGGAUACUUUUGCCAUUUGGUUUAAGUUCAUGCUGAAUAAUUUCACCAUAUGCAUUAUGUUCAACACAGAAGGUAUGGUCCAAGACACCCGUAAUAUCAUUCUCACUAGGAAAAAAAAAAAAAAGAGAGAGAAGGAAA